AUGGCUGCUCCUCCUGCCAAAGUUGCCCUGCUCCUUCCUGGUGAUGGAUCACCCUGGCUGUGGCAUUUAAAUUCCGAGCGCUCCUCCAUCAAGGUGACGCGCAGCCACCACCACCUCCCUCUCUCCCUCCCUCUCUCCCUCUUUCCUUCUCUCUCUCCACACCCCCCAUCUCCUCCCCCGUCCCCAGUCAGCGCGUUGGGGUUUGAGAGCCGGGCCGGAGAGGCAGUGCGCGCCCAGGCGCUCAGCCUGAAGCAGCAGCAGCAAGCACAGAGCCGCCGCCGGAGGGGGCUGCUCUUGCAUGGAUUUACGAAGGGACAGCCUGGGCUUGGCAGGUAAGCAAAGGGACCCGCGCAGGGCGUCCCCAGUUGGGUAGCUGCUCCUGCUGCUGCUUUCUCCAGGGCUGUUGUCGAGAGAGCACAGCUAGGCUGAACCCUCUCGGCUACAGUUAGAUCGCUUGGAUCAUUAUGGUCUGCCUUGGGCAGUCUCCAGCAGUCUGGGGUUGCUGUGUGAGAGAGAGAGGUGUGGAGAGAAAGAGAGAGAGAGAUCAAGGGGGCUGGGGGAGGUUUGGGGGCAUGGAGAGAGGUAGGAGGCCGGCGGCUGAGCUCUGCCAGUUGCCGAUGCGUCCUCAGACAGACCCCGGCGUGCGCGCGCGAACCGGCAAGAGUUAAAAUGCGCUUGGUCCAGCCUCUCUCUCGCGGUUAUUUGCAUGGAAAUGAGGCUCUCUGCAAGGCAACGCCAUUGUUGCUGCUGCUGCGGGCAGCGUGGUUGGCUUUAACGCACGGGAAUGGCGCCGUUGGCUCCUGGAGACGGGGAGUCAGUGGGGGGCAGUUGGAGCCGGCAGCCUGGGCUGAAACGGAGGCGGUAGUGUGCCUGCCUGGCGACUGGGUACUGGGUUGCUGUUUUUUUCGGACGAUCCGACGCUGCUGGGCGCGGUUAGAGGAAGGAAGCGCUUAUACAAAGGUUGCCAGGGAAGCUUUCUCAGGUUCUCUCCGGCAGCUGAGCCGCCAGAGCGCCUGUGCAAACUGUCAGGCCUCUCCUCUCUCUCACCUCCCAUCCACUUUUGCUCCCGCACCCCGCUUCUCACGUAUAACCUUUGCCUCCCUCCCCCCACCCGCAAGGAGUGUCCACGGGUUGAAACCAUGAGGUCUAGAAAGAUGCGAGUUUUUAAAAUAGCAGCCCUCUGGAUGGCAUGGCCAGCGGUUAGGGGGAGGAGACUGUCUGGAGGAAGGGGCGAGGGGGUCGACAGCGCUCCUCCAGGCGCUUGAUCACUAAGCUGCCGCCCUCCUUCCGAGGAGGGAAAGAGGGAGCCGAGGGAAACAAAUGGCCGGGCGUUGGGAGAGGCCUUUCUGGAUUCCCUCGCGAGGACCGCAAGUGAUUUCUUCUCGCAGAUGUAAAUCCCUGAUUCCGCUCAAGUCCGUGGCGCCAGGAGAGACGCCUGGCUUUCGGUGGGGCUAGACCUGCCCCAGAGGAAAGGCAGGGUCAGCUUAAACCUGGAGGAAAGCCCCUGGGUUGGAGGUGGGGAGGUGGUGGGUCCCACGGGGGCUUCAUCUGCACAAAAAGGAGAGGUGAGCAGGAAGGACUCAACAGCACAGAAUUCAGCAUAAAAUAAUAGAAUGGUAGAUUUGGAAGGGACCCCAAGGGUCAUCUAGUCCAACCCCCUGCAAUGCAGGAAGGAAAACAGGCCUGACUAAAAGAAGGCAAAUUUUGCCUGCCGGAGUCCGGAAAUAACUAUGUGCACUUCUUAUGCUUUCAUCUUGCAAAUGUCGAAAUCAGCCCAAUAUUUAGUAUUAGUGUGUUAAUGGCUGUUGCUUCUAUGUUAUCUACACAUACACACACCCACACACCAUGUAUGAUUCCGUACCACCCUAGUCCCUCUGAAACUAUAAUACUAUUUUCAUUCCUAAAAUGCUGCUGAUCUGGAUUAGGCUGUUCUCCAGCUUCCCCUUUCUUCCUGCUCCCUCUCUCAAAACCGAGGCCCACUCAAAAUAUUGAUAAGUAUGCAUUGUUUACUAAGACAAACAUGCCCCGAAUCUGGCUGUGAGACUUUGAAAGUCUCAUGCGUACUUCCUGGCUUUCAUUUGGUAGAGCUAAACUCGCUCUGAGUGGGACUUUUAAAAACACUUCCGUUUGGCCCUGUAGUCACACCUCGGAUUCUCUCAUUCUCUUCCUCUCUCUCUCUCUCUCUCUCUCUCUCUCUCUGUGUGUGUGUGUGUGUGUGUGUGUGUGUGUGUGUUUAAGAGUAAUAUUUAUAUAUUCUUCAAUUUACUGGAAGGAAGGAAGGAAGGCUACAGGGUUCCCUUUACGAGUAGCCCCAUUGAUUGCCAUUCUACUCAUUGCACGCACAGUCACGUAUUGCCCAGGCACGACGGUCUGGGAGUAGAUCGCAUCGAUAUGAGUGGCCAACUCGUGGCCCGAGGAGUGGAUUCACGAGGAGGCGUUUUGUAAAACAAAAGAACGUUCAUGUAGGGAUUUAAUAUUUCCCUAACAGCUUUAGAUGUAAAACUAUGUUGGUGCAUGCCGGCUUUGAAAACAGGGUAUAAAUCCUGAUCUAAAGGAAGCCUUGUUCCCUAUGAAAAGUUGGUCAUUUCAUUUGGGCCCCUAUCCUCUCCCUCUCUUUCUCCUUCCUGGCCGCCUUUCUCUGAGCAGAAACCUCCCUCCCGUGCCUGCUGCUUCGUUGCUCCCUUCCACACUUUCUCCCCCAUUUCUCCGCCAUUGUUCAGAAGAACUCUUUCCCCUUUUGUUAUAUUGUCUCUGUGGCCCAACGCUUUUGCAUUCUGAAGCCAACACAAUUCCUCUGUUUUACCAGAAUGCAGAAGGAGACACAUGGAGGGCGGGGUGGCGGCGGCCGGGGAGAUCGGGGGAGGGGGACGCCUUUCCCAGUGUGGCGAAGCAACCACAUUUCCCAUUCCAUGUCUGUCUUCUGGAAAACGCAAGCAGGCCCACAGAAAAGCCCCCUAAGCUCGACUACGACCUUUUCCAGAGCAGGCCCUGCCCCCCCCCACCGGUUUCUUCCCCCCCCCACCGUCACCCUACAUCCGCCUUUGUUGAAUCGGUUCCUCUGGUGGUUCUGAACGUCACUAAACCCAUCUCUGGCCUUCGUUCCUGCGGCCAGGGCGCAUUCUGUUUUUGCGUUCGAAAAAGAAUCUUUCGAAUUUCUCUCUUGUUCGUUUUGAAAGAGGAUAUCUGCAGGGCUUGGCCUAGUUCUGAUAUGCGGGGGUGGGGAAGAGAAUCUGCUGUGGGGGGAGUCGAUUUGUACGCAAGGCUUCUUUUGUUCUUUGACCCGGGGCUCCCCCCCCCCCACACACACAACAAACCUGAGCGCUGCCUUCUCUGUAUAAAAGGAAAACGUUCCGAAAUGCACGCCCGGAGUGGAAUUUUCUGUGUCACAAACCAGGCAAACCCUUAACAAAAAGGGGGGGGAGAGAAAAAGAGCGGGGGAGUGCCCGGGAUUCCCUGCCGCACCUGAAGCUUAGCCAAGCUGUUGUUUUAACAGAGCAAUAAAAAUGAAUUAUGACUAACCGCCUCCUAGCUUAAUGGUUUCAGACGGGGAUCCCCAGCCCGAGCAAAUACGUAAGAGGAUUUUUAUUUGUGCAUGUGUUCCUGCAAUUGAUCUCUUUGAUGACAUUCUCAUUCACAGAAAGCGUUUGAUUUAUGACUUUAGGAAGAAUUGCAUCCAGUCUUUCCAGCUAUAACCCACGCAGCUCAGCGCCACCCCACUUAGAGGGGGUUUGCAAAACAGGGAAGCCAACGGCGACCACAACAAACGCGCGCAGAGGAGAGCAACCAGGAAAUCGGCGCCUGCAAAGAUCUGGGGAAGUUCUUAAGGAGCGGGCUAUAAAUAUCUACGUUGGCAUAUCUACAUACACACGAAGAUGUAUGCUAACACCUACUGAUAGGGACAAAAAAGGAGGAGAAGAAAAGGGACACACUGGAUUUUGCUAACAAUCCGAAUUGAAAUCGGAUUAGAGAAUACACACAGCUAUCCCCGCCUGGUAACACUUUUAAACGGACCUCAUGACUCUACACUUGUUAGUCCAGUUCCAGUAGGACUCGAUGCCCUCCAACAGCUUUUGUUCCGUAGACCUGGCGAAAACCACAGGAUUUGAAAGCGAUUUUUCAUAUACGUUGCAUACAUCCUAACCGCGUGUGCUUGUGUUUUAAUUCUCUCCUCUGAUUUCCUCUCUUUUAGGUUUCUUUUCUCGGGGCCUUCGGACAGCUGGGAAAUCCAUCAAAUGCCUUCCUUUCUCAGCUCUGGCUCUCCACACCACCAUCCCUCCCCCCUUUCCAAGGCACGGGUCGCAAAAGAAAUAGUCAAAAAUAGCGUUCAAUAGUAGAAACCAGUAUACUCUUCUGUCGAUUUCUGGCCGUUUAUGCAGCAAGGCUUGCUGUAGUGCUUUUUGUUUUCCCUUGCAAUAAUAUGAUAUAUUCUGCCUAUAAUACAAUAUCAGUUAAAACGUAGAAGAGAAUUUUUAUAUAAUGUUACGAUAUAUUCAACCUAUACUAUAAUAAAUCGUUUGCGAUAGCACAGAAACAUUUUAACUUGUGCUUCUAAUGUCUUAUGUGCAUUCAAGGGAGGGGGGAUAUAUUUUUAUGUAAGUUUUGGAGUUAUUUUAGGUUUCUUUUUUUCUCUCUCCCCCCUAUUUGAAUAUUGAGAACUUUGGAAAUCCAUCAUUUACCGCUGGCUUCCCCCCUAAUAAAUAUAUUUCUAACGAAAAAGGACGAAGG